AUGAAAGUGGUGAGAACGCCUAUUGUAAUAUUAAGAGAUACAGCGGCGUCGCAGUCACUGCUCUUGGAAGGUGUAUUGCCACUAGCGGGGAAGACUUCGGACGCUAAUGUCGUCAUAGCCGGUGUUGAGUGCGGGCAUCUGAUUGCUCCGUUGUAUAAGGUUCAUCUCAAAUCUCAUUUCUUUGAUAAAGAUGUAGCUGUGGGAGUGGUGCCUAAAUUACCCAUAGGAGGUGUAUCAUUUAUAUUGGCAAAUGACUUGGCAGGAGAGAAGGUAUUUGCUAAACCCCAAACUAAUGUAGCAAUUCUAAGUACUCCAGACCUAAACGACGGUGAACAGCUUGCAGAAGAUGACAUGGGCGUGUUUCCUGCUUGUGCAGUCACGAGAGCCAUGCGGGAGGCUGGACGUGUCGGGAACGACUCUCCCACGGCAGCUCGUGCGAGUCGGUGCAUGUUUGUUAAAGGCAAGGUAUGUGGUAAUGGAAAUAACGUGAGAGGUGACGAUAGAACUUCAUCGUGUAACCACGAGACUGAUGCUGGUGAUGACAAGCUAAGUGGCUUCCCCGUUGAUAAAGGGAGGCUUGUAGAUCAGCAAAAAUGUGACGCAGAACUGUGUAAGAUUGCUGAAUUAGCUGGGUCAGAAAAUGAUGUGUCAGAUAUACCUGUGGGUUACUAUAAGAAGGGUGGCGUCUUGAUGAGAAAGUGGAGGCCUCGUCACGUGGCUGCGGGAGACGAAUGGCACGUGAUACACCAGGUCGUUGUCCCAAAACCUUACAGGUCACAGAUCCUUAGCCUUGCUCAUGAUUCACCAUUGUCAGGUCAUAUGGGCGAUUCUUUACGCAAUAUUAGUAGCAAGACCAUAAUCAAAGAGCUCACUAAAUUCUUCUGUACUUACGGGUUACCUCGGGUGAUCCAGUCUGAUCAAGGCAGUAACUUCCUCUCUAAGGCGUUCCAGGCAGCCAUGCGACGGAUGGGCAUACAGCAUCAGGUGUCAAGUGCGUAUCACCCAGAGUCGCAAGGCGCGCUGGAGAGAUUCCACCAAACAUUGAAAAAUAUGGUACGCAUUUACUGUCAUGAGACGGACGAACAGUGGGAUGAAAUGGUUCCGCUCUUAUUGUUUGCCGCUAGAGAAUGUGUGCAGGAUACACUGGGGUUUAGCCCAUUUGAGCUUGUGUUCGGGCAUGAGGUGAGAGGUCCACUAAAGAUGUUAAAAGAGAGAUGGCUAGAUAAUGAUGACAGGUCUGGUAUAUUAAACCAUGUAAUGGACUUUCGUUUGAAACUCCACAGAGUAUGUGAGCUGGCAAGAGCGAACCUCAGCGAGGCCCAGAGACGGAUGAAGACGUGGUACGACAGAGAUGCUCAGUCACGAUCUUUUUCACCAGGAGAAAAAGUACUGGUCUUCCUACCCGUCCCUGGGCAGUCACUGAAGGCUCGUUAUUUUGGACCAUGUAUUGUAGAGAAAAAGCUAAGUGACCUUAAUUAUGUAAUUCAGACUCCCGGUAAGCGUAAACAGUCACGACUUUGCCAUGUAAAUCAGAUAAAGAAAUAUGUAGAACGCAAUGACCCACCUGUAGAUAAAUGCAAGGACAAUGCAGUCAUGCUAAAUGACGUGACGAAGGUGAUUGAGAAUGAUAUCGAGAAAGAUGAAGAUACCCUUGUUGAUGUGCCUCACUCUAAAUUAAUUAAUUCUGAUUUCUUAAUAAUCUAG